GCCGAGUCAACGUCUGCGACGACGUCGACACUACGACCCUGCACAGCAUGGCAAGGUUGGCGUUGGAGAUGUGCCCAUCACGAGAGCUGCCGACCAGGCGGACACACAUCUACACGGACGGCAGCUACAACGGCAUCCCACACUCAGCCGCCUGGGCAGUUGUCAUUGUCGACGAGUACGACGACGGGAGCAACCUGCGAGGCCCGUUCGGCUUUCGGGGUUUCAUUGCUGGCAAAGUCACCGAAACCCUAGACGACAUGGCCAACAACGAGAAGGUGACGGCAUACACAGCGGAGCUCACGGCAGUACUCUGGGCGUUGAUGUGGGCCCUUGGUCAAGAUACCGACGCGCCCAUCGAGAUCACGCCUGACGCCCUCAACGUCAUCAACCUGGCCAAAGGCGAAGCCCAAUGCCACGUACAUCCGAGGUUGGGGGCAGUCAUUCGCACACUUGCAGGCCUCCUCCAACAAGCCCGACCCACCCAGUGGCACCAUAUUAAUUCGCACAUCGGGCACCCUUGGAACGAGCUCGCUGAUGGGAUAGCAGAUCAAGCCUCGGCCAGCGACCUGAUGGACCCGAACAUUGCAGCUGUACAGGCGAUCGCCCACAACAAGUUCCUCUCCUGGGAAUGGCUGCGAUCAGCGCCAGACGCGGUCAAGGCCGCAUACCCGCCCCUGCGGCAUAAAGACUUCAUCAUGGAGGCCACUCAGCCGCAGGCAGCCCCAGGAGCGAUCCAGAGGCCCAUCAGCACUAUCACCAUCAAGGCCGACCUCAACGUGAACCUGUGCACGUACAACUGCAGGUCACUCAAGGCCACCGUGAGCUUCAAGCCGGGCAAAGGCAAGGCGGCCGGCAAAAGCAAGCAGAGCCUCUCCAAGGUCACGCACCUAGCAGCACAGUCUGCUGACAUGGGCCUGCACGUCGUCGCCCUGCAGGAGACCCAGAGCGAAGGAGACGUCCGCAAUGUAGGUGAAUACGUCUGCUACUCAUCAGGCCACAUGCAGCAGAACAGAGGGUGCGACAUCUGGCUCAACGUCUCCCAACCUAUCAGCACGAGUGGGGCAGCGAAGUACCUAAGUGCCAAAGACACCCUCGUCCUCCACCAGCACGACAGGCUCUUGAUCAUCAAGACCCGCGUUGCAGGCACAGAUAUGGUUAUCGCAUCUGCAUACGCACCCCACGAAGACUCCCACGCGGCGGAGAAGAGAGAAUUCUGGGAGUCUGCUCAGCGAUUGUCCGACAAGUACCGAGUGGACAUCUUCAUGGGGGACCUGAACGGGCGUCUUGGCGACUACGAGUCCCCAGGAGUUGGCACCAGUGGGUACCCAGAAGUGACCGACGGCAACGGCAAGCACAUCAUCAGCUUCGCUGCCGACACUAACAUGGAGGUCAUCAACACCACGAGGGAUCCAGGCAGCAACUCAUAUACGCACGUCGGAUCGAAGGGGCAGCACCACAGGAUAGACUACAUCCUGCUGAACUCCUCGAUCGCCCCAUACGUCGCGAGCUGCAGCACGGAGCCAGGUCUGGACCGAGGCACAGCUGCACAAGACCACAUACCAGUGCUAGCCAGCCUCAAGUGGGUCGUCUGCAAGACCACCAAGGCCUCAGGACCGAGGCCCGAUCUGACCAACUUGAACAACGACGUCGCCAAGGCCAGCUUCAAGGAGAUCCUCAAGCAGGCCCCGAUCAUCCCGUGGGAGGUGGACGUCAACACCCACUGCGAGGAGGCCAUCAGGGUCAUUAACGACGCGGCCAUCCAGGCCUUCGGCAAGGCCUCCAGGGCAACGAGGAAGACCUACGUCACCAAGACUACCAUGGGCCUGAUCCGAGCCAGGCGCCUCGCACUCAGAGUCCACCGUGCAGUACUCAGAAGAGAAGCCCACGACGGCCGACCUGGACGACUAGUAGCCCACGCCCACUCUCUUUGUGCAGGCGAAGUAGGGGACUCACUCUCUCUUUGGAGCAGAGAGCGUGGCGACGACGACGGCACCAUCCACGACAUCCACCACUACGCGCACCUCCUCCUGAACUGGACAAUCUCGCCCAUGGACUACGCCAUGGCCAUCCUUUCCUUCCUCACCAGGUCUGGGCCCAUAGUUGCCGCGGCCGUCGAGAAGGACCGAAGCGCAUUCCUCAGUCGGCUUGCCUCGACAGCGUCCUCCGCCUCAGCUGCGAACGACGCUGCGGCCCAGUGGAAGGCUUACCGAGACCUACUAAGGUAUGGAGGGAGGAAGGCGAAAUUCCCAGCAGGAAAGCCCAUGCGGCUCGACAAGGAUGGAGAGGUGAUCCACAACUCCCAGGAAAUGGCGGACCAGGAGCUCAACCAUUUCGCGAAGAUACAGGCGGGGAAGAUCGUGACAGCGGAUGAUCUUGCUGACAAGUACAAUCACGACAGCAAGAUCAGGCCUUUCGACGGCAUGCUGGAUCUCUCCAUGGUGAUGCCCCUGGCCGUCUGUCAGGCCCAGUUCGCUGCGGCCAAGGCUGGGACGCAAGGAGGCCCCGACGGGCUCACGAACGCUGUCCUCAGGGCGGCCCCCACGGAGGCAGCGAGGCUACUGCACCCCCUCUUCACCAAGGUGGCGACCACCGUGAGAGAGCCGCUGAGCUUCAAGGGUGGAGACCUGGUCGCAAUUCCCAAAGGAAAAGGCGACCCAAGGUACCUCCAAGCCUACCGCGAGAUCCUCUUGAACAACGUUCUGGGCAAGCACCACCACAAAUACCUAAGGACCAUGCUCAACACUACCCUCGCCAUAGCGCUGGAGGACAUCCAGGUUGGCGGCCGGCCCAAGCGAGGGGCGGACAUGGCGGUCCUUGCAGCACGCCUCUUCACCGAGAGAAGUCAGGCCCAAGGGAAGUGCUCCAUGAUAAGCUGCUACGACUUAAAGGAGGCCUUCUACUCGGUUGUAGUCCAACUGGUGCAUGGUAUCCCAGGUGAAGAGGACGAAGUCCAGGAGGUGCUAGAGAACCUCGAGGUUCCCCUGUGGGCCCAGCCGCAGCUGGAGCACCUCAUGGCCAACCCAGGGAUACUCGACACAGUGUUGGACGGCUCCCACCUGGCUGCCCUCAUUGCAGAAGGAUAUCGCAACAGGUGGACAUCACACAGGUUUUCCCAGAACCUUAUGGCACCGCACAAGGGCACGAGGCCUGGCGUGCCCCUGGCCGACGCGGACUUCAAUCUGCUAUUCGGCCGAGUCCACCGCAUGAUCGACAACUACCUUGCGCAGCGAGGGCUACGCCAAGCGCUGAAGCUCCCGCAGGCCGGCGGCAACACAGAGCUCCUGGCGCUGGACCAGCAGGUGCACCCGGCGACGCACGGCGACGCGGAGCACCUCGCGCUGGGCCAGAGGGAGCGCAUCAUGGAGGCCGGCGGCAACGCGGAGCUCCGCGCGCUUGGCCAGCUGGCGUACAGCUGGGAGGCCAGGAGCGGAGCCCCGCAGACUUGCGGCAACGCAGAGCUCCAGGCGCUGGACCGGCAGGUGCACACCGCGGACGCACGCGCGACGCGGCGGCACCUGCGUCGUCAUGUGGCGGCACUGGCGAAGGCGCCUGCGGGCAAGGUGGCGCUGGUCCCCGACAAGCUGGAGGGGACACCCGCCGUUGCCUCCGAGGCCACGCAGCCGAGUGCCGCUGCGGCGCAGCCCCCCAAGGCCCGCCGCCUGGGCCGCCGCGGCGCUGCGGAGGUGCCGGCCGCUGGCGAGAGCAGCGCCGGCGAGGGCGGCGCGGGCGAGAGCGCCGGCGACGAGGCCGAGGCCGCCGCAGCCCCCCGCUCGGGGCGGAAGCGGAGGGGCCGGCCGAAGAGGCCCGGGGCCGACGCGGACGCCGUGGAGG